AUGCCUAUCUCCACUUUAACAUCAGCAACAUUGUCUUUGUCUUCUAAAAACACUAAAACAACUACCACGCCUUACUCUUCCACUGCUAAAGCAACAUCUCCCAUAACAUAUACGUUGUACUAUGGUACAUUCAUACACACGCCCAGAUUAUCGGAGCUAGAGAUUAAUUUUAAUACUUUAGUUGGUGUGAAUACUUUUGGUGAAAUUGAUUUCAUAUACAAAAACUUUGAGUCUAAUAAUGGCCCGCAAUCACCAGUUGAGUUUUUCAAAUCCCAAUACAACCCAACAUCAAACAUUAGCAGCUUAGAGGCUAUUGAAUUUGUUGACAACUCAAGGGAUCUAACCAAGUUUUUUUUCCCUGGGUUUAUUGACACGCAUAUCCAUGCCUCUCAAUUUCCCAAUAUUGGUAUUGGCUUGGACACACCGUUGCUUGAUUGGUUAACAACUUACACAUUUGCAGUUGAGCUGAAGUUUGGAGUGCCUCUGGAUUCUACAGAUGACCUGGAGAAAAAAAUUGAGAUUGCCAAGUUGGUCUACUCGAAAAUCAUCGACCGUACUUUGAGUAAUGGUACAACAUGUGCCUCGUAUUUCACUACGAUUGACCCCGAGACUACAAACUUGUUUGCUGAUUUACUUCUUCAACAUGGCCAGCGUGGGUUUGUAGGCAAGGUAUGCAUGGAUCAUAACAAGUCUUACCCAACAUAUGAAGAGAGUUUGAGUGAGUGUGAGGAGUCAAUGCAAAAAAUUAUUUCUCAUUGUCAAAUGGUGAACCCACCUGGUGAGACACUCGUCAAACCUAUAGUGACGCCAAGAUUUGCUCCGCUGUGCUCUAAGAAAAUGUUACGCUACUUAGGAAGGUUGAGUAAUGAACAAGAUUUGCCGAUUCAAACACACAUAAGUGAGAACAAGCAAGAAAUUGAGCUUGUCAAGCAACUAUUUCCUGAAUCUGAAAGUUAUUCCCAGGUUUACAACAAGUACAAUUUGCUCAACCUGCGUACAAUUCUUGCUCAUGCAAUACAUUUAUCGCAAAAGGAGUGUGACUUGGUUGCCGGUCAAAAAUGUUCUAUUUCGCAUUGCCCAACCUCGAAUUCGUUCAUUUCAAGUGGCGAGGCACCGGUACGUAAGUACUUGUACGAGGACAAGAUAAAUGUGUCUUUAGGUACCGAUGUCAGUGGUGGGUUUGACACGAGUAUUUUGCAAAUCGUCAAGCAUGCGAUAUUGGUAAGUCACCAUUUAUCCAUGAAAGAUACGAAAGAUGUACAACAAUCUAAUGAAAACUGCAAAUUAUCCAUUUCCGAUGGAUUGUUCAUGUCUACUUUGGGUGGUGCGAAAGCUGUGGGGUUAAAAGACACCGUGGGAACAUUUGCUGUGGGUAAACGGUUUGAUGCUCAGUUGAUUGACUUGGGAGUACCCAACUCCAACACUGAUGUUUUCAACUGGCAAUUACCUUUUGACGGUGGUGCUGACGAGGAUCAGACAAGGAGGCAAAAGGUUUUGAAUUUAUUGGGAAAAUGGGUGUUUAGUGGUGACGACAGAAAUUGCGUAAAAGUAUGGUGUAAUGGCCGGUUGGUGAUUGACAAGGAAGCUUAA